AUGCCUCGACGCAAGUGGAUUGACAAAAAGUCGGCGGCGCACUUCACGCUCGUCCAUCGUCCGCAGAAUGACCCGCGCAUCCACGACGAGUCGGCCCCGGCCAUGGUGCUGAACCCGACCCAGGCACCCAACGCCGGCGGCAGUUCGACGACCGGCACCAGCGUCAAGUCCCGGCGGCUCGACGACCUUGCGUCGCAGCUCGGAUCUGACGUCGACGACAUCCGCGACAACGAGGGCGAGGCGGCCAACUUUGGCGUGUUCUUUGACGACUCCUCGUACGACUACAUGCAGCACCUGCGCGAGAUCGGCCAGGGCGGCGGCGAGGCCGUGUUUGUCGAGUCGACGGCGUCGCUCAACGCCGCCCACAAGAGCCGGCAAAAGACGUCGCUGGCCGACGCCCUACAGCAGAUGGACCUGCAGCACCGGUCCGAGGAACUGCUGGACGCGGACAUCUUGCCGGCCAAGGCGCUGCAGCGCGUGACGUACCAGAACCAGCAGGAUGUGCCGGACGCGAUUGCCGGCUUCCAGCCGGACCUGGACCCGCGCCUGCGCGAGGUGCUCGAGGCGCUCGAGGACGAGGCGUACGUGGACGACGACGAGAGCAACGACGACCUCUUCCAGCAGCUUGCCAAGGACGGCGAGGAGCUGGACCAGAACGAGUUUGAAGACCAGUACGACGACGACGACGACGGCUGGGAGUCGGACGCCACCGAGAAGCCCGUGCAGCCGCGCCAGGGGUUUGAGGACAGCACCACGACCGGCAACGGUGCUGCUCAGGGCGACGCAGACGACGCAGACGACGAGGCACGCGACACAGUGCCGGAGCUGGUCGACCUGUCUGGCGCAGCGGCUGCACCGCCGCCCGAGACCGAGGGCGCCGACGACUGGAUGGAGGACUUUAAGAAGUUCAAGAAGGACCAGUCGACAACGGCCGCUUCGGGCGCGCCCAAGAAGAAGAUCACACCGGCCAUGUCGGACGUGCAGUCGUCCAUCUGGACGACCAACACGGCCGGUGGCCGCAAAAAGAAGCGCAAGGGCGCGCUGACGGAGCAGUCGGGCUUCUCGAUGACGUCGUCGUCGCUGGUGCGCACGGAGCAGAUGAGCCUGCUGGACGCGCGUUUCGACAAGAUCGACGAGCUGUACAACAACGACGCGUUUGACGAGGACGGGUUCGGGGACGACAUGAAGUCGGUGUCGGCGUUCUCCACCACGUCGAGCGUGCAGGGCCCGCUGCGCAACGACUUCAAUGGGAUUAUGGACGAGUUUCUGGGCGGCUACUCGAUGCAGGGCAAGCGGGCAAUCAAGAAGGGCCGGCAGCAGACAGGCCUGGAGCAGCUGGACGAAAUCCGGCGAGGACUGGGUCCGGCUCGGCUGUCUACGCGGAAAAAGUAG